UGCUCUGCCCAGGGGCGUAGCUGCGAUGUACAUCUUACUCCUGGUUCUGGAAACUUUGAUGUCUUAUGUCUCUGCUUGCUUAGUUUCUGUUGGAAUCAAGGACACUCACAGCCCUGUGGACUGUGAAUCAGCUGCAAACUGGUUAGCAAUGAACAGUUCUGAUUACCAAGACCCCAACUGGGUACGACAGAACACGGUGCCUUGUCCUAGGUGUGAGCUAAGGAUUAUAGAAAAUCAAGAUUGGUCACUGAAGAUGAAAUGCUUACCACCUUGUAGCUAUGACUUCUGUUGGCGCUGCCGUGGUGUAUGGACUGAACAUGGUGGAGAAAAUGGCUUAGAUUUAUACACUUGUAUCCAUGAUGAGUAUGAAGAGACUGUUUUGGGGAAUACGGCAGAAUCUGCUGCAGAUAGAUACAGAGAUUGUCACCAAAAUUGGACGAAUAAUGAAUCGUUGAUGCAACUAGCAAAAGCAAAACUCCAGCAACUACACACUGAUAUUAUUCCGGGCUUAAGUAACAAACAGUUAGCAACGGUACAGCAGCUUCAGUUCAUCGCGGAAGCUUGGUCUCAGAUCAUGGAAUCUAGAAGGGUCUUGAAAUGGAGUUAUGCUUAUGCGUAUUACCUAAGAGAGGACCAGGUCGAAAAGCAAGCUUUCUUGAAGCUCAAGCAAGACAAAGCAGAGAUUCCUCUGCGAAAGCUGUACAACUAUGCAGAGGAUGAACUGAAUGCGUUGCUUGACUCAGAUGGACCUUCGGAGAAUUUUAAUAAAUUCCGCAGCGAUUUAAGUGACUGGACUAGAAUAACGCGAAUUACUACGAGCUUCUUGUAAGAGAUCUUGAAGAUGGCUUAAGUAAUGUUGUCCCUAAUCAAGGCCAGUUUGUUGAGG